AAUUAUGUUUGGAACUCUUACAACCAACCGGAGAAUUAUUUGACCCCUGUUGUGGUUUGGGCUCCUUUCUUUUAAAAGCCAAAAGUAAAGAUGAAAACUUAAAUAUUAGUGGCAAUGAUGUUGCCCAAGAUUUAGGCGAAUUACCCUUUGAAUUUACUCAGGGCGAUUAUUUAAAUAGUGAACAUCAGCAAUCUGAUUAUAUUAUCGCCAAUAUCCCUUUCAACGCCAAAAAAACCCAUUGCCAAUUGGUAGAUGAAAAUUACUGCUGA